UUAAAUUUGAGAGUUUGUUAAAGCUGAUAACUUCAUAAGCUAUUCGUCAUUUAUAGUCAUAAAUUGUUGUGGAUUUAUUUCCUAUAAAGUGAUUAGAGCUAUUAAAAUUAACUGAAUCACUGUUGGAUUUAGUAAAAUCCCCUGUUUUCUUUGGCUUAAAUCACUCAAUUCAGAAUAUUAGCCCGUAGUUGAGAGAUUUUUUGAACAUUUAGUAAAAUCCCAUGUUUUCCAUUUGUGAGUUUCAAUUGAAGAAGAAUAAAGCUAUGGAGCCAUAGCUUUAAUUUUGCUUCAUCGUGUCUCUUUCCUACUCAUGAUUACGAGGAGUAAUGAAUUUUAGAUAGGUCAAUCAACGAAGUUCUAGUGCAACGAAUCCGGCGUAAACCCUCUAGAAGUUCUAGGACAUUCAUAGCUUAAGACGGAUCACAUUCUUCGGUAUCGAGUUUAUUGAAUCAGUUAACGACCAUGAACAGCCACAGCAUUGUUACGGUUAAACAAAGCAACUCUCCAGAGAGAACUGCACACUAUUGUCAAGCUGCACCUUCUAAAAUAAGCAAAAUUUUCAAAGGCCAACAAGACCACCAAAGUCUAUCAGGCAAUAAUUCGUCAUCCUCAGGCGAAUUUUCCUACCUUCUUAACCCGAAAUUAAGCCCUGAAUCUGAUUCGGAAAGUCCGAUCUCACACGUAUCACUUCCCCACUAUUCGGAACCCAUAUUUUCUCGCUCGUCUAUGUUCUGUACCAGUCUAUUCUCAUCAUCCUCGAAGAGCUCGGACUCCUGCAGGAGACUAAGUAAUUUGCCUUUCUUGCCUCAUCCUCUCAAAUGCGAGCAACAGACUUCAGCUGCUCAGGAUUCAGACUCUCCGUUCCACUUCACUAGUGAUAUUAAUAACACCCCGAAUAGCGAAGAUGAGCAUUCGGAUGAACUGAUGAAGGACUUUCUUAACCUUUCUGGAGAUGCUUCGGAUGGUAGCUUCCAUGGAGAGAACUGCGACAGCAACAGCUUGGCUAUAACUGAGCAAAUGGAGCUGCAAAUUUUGUCGGAACAGCUUGGAAUAGCUAUCACAGACAAUGAAGAAAGUCCUCGAUUGGAUGAUAUAUAUGAGAAACCACAGAUUUCGCCUCAACCAGUGUCAUCUUGUCAGAACCAGAACCCUCAGCCUUCAGGAUCUCCUAUCAAAGUUCAGUUACAUUCCACUCCCUCCGCAUCUCGGGCCACAACUAAUAAUAAUAAACCAAGACUAAGGUGGACUUUGGACCUCCAUGAGCAUUUUGUAGAAGCUGUGAACAAGCUUGAUGGGCCCGACAAGGCAACCCCAAAGGGUGUACUGAAGCUUAUGAAUGUAGAGGGUUUGACCAUCUAUCAUGUAAAGAGUCACUUACAGAAGUAUCGGCUCGCCAAAUAUCUUCCGGAGACAAAAGAAGUUCAUCAAGACAAGAAGUCUUUGCCUGUAGAAGAUAAGAAAGUGACACCAGUUACUAACGACAGCGGAGGGAAGAAAAAGAACAUGGAAAUGACAGAAGCUCUUCGGAUGCAAAUUGAAGUUCAGAAACAGCUGCAUGAACAACUUGAGAUACAGAGGGCACUUCAGUUACGCAUCGAAGAGCAUGCAAGAUACUUGCAGAAGAUCCUGGAAGAGCAGCAAAAGGCAAGCAAUUCCUUCGCCUCCUCAAUGGGAGUUUCUGCAGAAGCGCAGGUGGAGUCUCCCGACAAAACCUCACAAGAUCAAGAUGAAUCAAAGACAGACUCAGUUUCUUCACCGACCGCUCUGAAGCAUAGAAUUCCCGAAUCAGAUGGUGACUGCAAGCCACCGGAGGAUCAUAAACGGGCAAGACUUCAAGUUGAGCAAUGAGGAGCUUCUUCAUAGCCGCCAAUUCCGUGCCACGACAGCUUUGCAAUCCCACCUUAUUAAGGAAGUGACAGAACAUUCUAUGGACACGAUGUUGUUGUUCGAUGGAAUUAGUUUUCCAUCAGUGUAUAUAUAACUAAAAUUACGUGGGAAACGAAUCCGAGAGCUGAGGGUUAUAUUGCAUUCAUUGCUCUUUCUGUAUAUCGAAGGCUCAAUUCCCACUGCUGAGAUUGUUUCAUUUACAGUGAGAUUUCAAAUUUCAUCGGGACGAUAAUAUUCUGGUCGUUCACAUAGUUUAAA